CUGUCCGACAUUCUGUUUGAAAUAAUUUCAUUAAAAUGGAAGGUGAAUAAACAAGAAGCAAACUAUGAAAAGUUACAGAACUUAUAAAACUUGUUGGACAUUUAAGCCUGGAAAUUUGUUAAAAUCAAGUGUUUUAGAUCUACAUGCGACCUCGAGAUUAAUUCACAAAUACGAAAUCAUGGUCGACAUCUUGUUCAUCAACAAUCUAGCUUUGAAAGCUGGCGAGAUGAUCGAAGCAAGUUUUUGCAAAGAUACUCCCUUUGACAAGAAAGAGUCAUAUGCUGACUUGGUAACAGAAGUUGAUAAGGCUGUUGAGAAUUUCAUUUGCAAAGAAAUUUUAACAGCGUUUCCAACUCACAAAAUAAUUGCAGAGGAAGCAUACUCUGGAAAUGCUCAACUUACAUGUUCACCAACUUGGAUAAUUGAUCCUAUUGAUGGAACGUCUAAUUUUGUUAGCAGAUUUCCUUUUGUUUGUGUUUCUAUUGCCUACUAUGUUAAUAAAGAGCCUGAGCUUGCCGUCGUUUAUAAUCCGAUUUUAAAGUGGUGUUUCCAUGGCAUUCGCAGUCAAGGUGCAUUUCUUAACGAUAAGCAGAUCCACACAUCAAAACUGAAAGUUAGGCAACCGAUUUCGUUUAAGCAUAUACAUUAGAUUUCGAGGUUACAGCUCUAUUCCUUUUCAUUCUUUUGUUCUGGAUGGAUUAUAAAUCGUCUAAAGUGAGACUCUAUUAUAUUAAGUAUUACCACCACAAAAUUCGACUUUUGUUUGUUAGAAUAGGAGGGAUUUUUUCGUCCUCAUUUUAUCAUUUUGGAACUUAUUUAAAAAAUAACCUAUCAGUGCAUUCAUCCAUAUUUUCGUAUGUAAUAUUUUAAGUGUUUUCAGUUUGUUUCAGUUGCGUUUCAGGAUGUGAGUUAGCUCACGAUUUUUUAAGUGUGGAAAAGCGAUCGUGUACUCCAUCUUAAGUACCUAAUUUCUGCGGUAAACUAAGGGAGACAUUCUUCACGUAGGAAUAAUUUACCAAGAAAAUUAAUUGUUAUGAUGUAUUGCAUAGGUUAAAAGGGCAUAGAUAAACAGAUACCAAAGUAUGACUGUAUUCUAAGGAAUUCUCACUUCAUAAUUGUAUUUACAAAGAGUUUCACCUUGUUCGUAUAUUCCUCCUAUAAAAGGUCAUUCUUAUCUAUUGUAUCUUGCCAACAGUCAAAAUCGGAAUGUAUUGUUGUCACGACUCAUUAUUUGAGAAGUUUUAUCAUAGAAUUCAACAAAAGGAUUGAAAUGCUAUCAACAGCUUAAUCGUCACUGCUAAGAAGCUUCCGACUAGUGUUUAAAUUUGUUCUAAGGUUAGAGGUAAAUAAUUCGCCAAAAUUAUUGGCAGACUGCUUUUAUUCAGCAAUAGGUGCUGACCUUGGUUAUUUGUGCUUACUUGUUAAGCUAAAAGUUCUCAAUCAAACAUACAAGCCAUUUGUUACUCUGUCAUGUAACAUUUGGUUGUUCGUGUACUCACUGUAGUUGCCUAAGCAAAUAUCACUCCCCUUCGUUUCUAAUCUGGAGAUAUAUUUCAUAUUUUGAACGAUCAGUUUGCUCUGAUUUGGCCUCUAAUAGUUGCCUAGUCAUAUUAAAUAAGUAAAUUGAAGUUGGGUGAAUACAAAGGUACAUUUUCAUACAAUUAUCUUCAGCACUUGUCGACAGAGUUCAUCUUUUGCAUAGGGCGAAAUAGACUUCUUGGUCAGGAAUUGUUAAAAUCUUUUUCACGAUUUUAGAAUGUUACAGACCGUUUUUUCACAAGCUAUCUAAAGUCACUUCAGCAAACAGCGUUUACAUCAUGCAAUUCAACAAUUUUAAAAGUCAGUUAGAAUGGUGAUAUAUUAUUAUCUAAUACUUCCAACUGGUGCAAUGAAGACAUCUUAAUACUUAGUAUAUUAAGAAGGAUAUACUAAAUUACUAUUUGGCCUAUAAUUGGAGACAGCUAUUCUGGACUUCCGAGCCCUAGACGUAACAAAUGUGUGCGAUGUACUAUCACCGUACUCAUAACACCGUGUAACUAUCAUGGUCGUUGAAUACCCUUACAGAGUUUAUCGUUGUGUAUUGGUUACUAGUAUUUCAUUUUGGUUAUUUGAUUGUUUUCAACUUGGUUGACUUUUGAUUCAGUGAAAUUUUACUUUUCUGUAGCAAGGUGAUUAUAAUCACCAGCAUGAAUUACCUUCUCGUAAAGGAGCAUCGUAGUGUUCCAAAUCAUACUUUCAUUUCGGUUAGCUGUUUGUAGUUACUUCACUGUGUACCUAUCUCUACUUGUAGUUUAAUAUACACCCCGCAUUAUAUACAUCAUAUACACCAGCAUUUUAUGCACUCAUCUUAAUACUCAUAUUUUGUACGUAUAGCUUUAUUGCUCAUUUAUUUGAGUUAAUUUUAAAUUCUUACACCUAUACUGUUUAGCGAUGCAUAACUCCAUACCGUUGUGUUUUCAGUAAAUUUUGCCCUAACCACUACCCGUGUUUUGAGAUCAAGCACUUAUCUUGUCCAAAGCUCAGAAAUUGUUUGUCAAAGAUUUGACUGAAUGACACUGAGAAAUAAUGCAGUUAUCGUUAAAAGUUCUACCAGUAUGUGAAAAUCAUUAAUAGCAUAAAAAUUUUUGGAUCAAGUUGUUGACUGGCACAUUUUUUCU